AUGGCUGCGAACCCUCCAUCCGUCGACGACCUAGUCUCCAGGAACAGAAGCAAAUAUGCUGAAGGCUACACCAAAAGCCAUUCCGUUGACGAGGUAAUGCGUGGUGUCGUGAAGUUCCCCUCGGUUAUCGUCGACGAGGUUGCGAGGGAGACGCAUUUACAGAACGUGGGGCUGAUGACCAAUUUCAUAACAGUAUCCUGUUGCGACCCGCGACUCAUCCCCGAGGAGUUCGGGCUUUUCUCACGUGAGGAAUACGUCGUGGUCCGCAACGCAGGUGGGCGAGCGGAAUUCGCCGUACGAGACAUCGUCAUCCUAAGCACCAUGACCGAGAUCACGGAUGUCGUGAUCAUCCACCACGUGGAUUGCGGUAUGACACACUUGACCAACGCGGGGAUCCGAGAGAGCCUCAAGAGCAAAGGCCUUGGAGACGAUAAAGUCGACUCAACCGAGUUUGGCGAAAUCAAGAAUCUCGAACAAAGUGUUAGAGAUGACCUAAAGUUCCUAGAAUCGUCGCCAUACAUCGCCAAAAGCAUCAAACUCCAUGGUUAUGUGCACGACAUGUUGGACUCGGGUCGUUUGAUCAGGGUUUGA